UUGGAGCGGGUUGAACGCUACUGGGUGGCUCCUCUGCUAGCUGCUUCGUGGGACGCUGCUUUAUUCGGCGACCUAAGUUACUUUUAUAGUUACAGUAAAUACACGCCAACGUUGUGGAAGUUGAAGGUAACAGCCUGACUCGGAUUCAGAGUGGCACAGAAAUCGCUCAAAUGCCCCAAAACACCUACAAAAUCCUCAAGAGUCGCUGCUAGCUUCCGCUAGCCCAGGACUGUGAGUUGGUUUUAGCUGCAGUUGUUUGGCCCUAGUUCGGGUUUGUUGAUAUGUGUGGAAAGAAUAAGUAUUAAACUACGCAUAACACUUUGUAAAGUUAUAGCUGAAUGCGUGUCGAAAACGAGUAGUUAUAGCUAAAGUAAUCAGUGUGUGCUAACACUGCUAGCCCACAUUUUCACCAGAGUUGACCGAAAACCCCAGUUCGCUCCAAAGAAGACUCGGACUGUAAGAGUUGUUGCCCGGAAUAUGGCUCAGCAUGGACAUCAUGUUGCGAGUUCACAAAAGGCGUUAAUGUUGGAGCUGAAAAGUCUUCAGGAUGAGCCCGUAGAAGGGUUCAAAAUAACUUUGGUGGACGAGUCGGACUUGUACAACUGGGAAGUGGCGAUUUUCGGACCUCCAAAUACACAUUAUGAGGGUGGUUAUUUUAAGGCUCGUAUCAAGUUCCCUAUUGAUUAUCCUUACUCACCUCCAUCCUUCAGAUUCCUCACCAAGAUGUGGCACCCCAACAUUUAUGAAAAUGGAGAUGUGUGUAUUUCCAUUCUGCACCCUCCAGUAGAUGACCCCCAGAGUGGAGAGCUGCCCUCAGAGAGAUGGAACCCCACACAAAAUGUCAGGACAAUCUUGCUGAGUGUGAUCUCUCUGCUGAACGAGCCCAACACAUUUUCCCCAGCCAAUGUGGAUGCCUCAGUCAUGUACCGCAAGUGGAGGGACAGCAAAGGCAGGGAGCGGGAGUAUGCGGACAUAAUCAGGAAGCAGGUUUUAACCACUAAAGCAGAUGCAGAGCGUGACGGAGUGAAAGUUCCGACCACUCUGGCUGAAUACUGCGUCCGCACCCGUGUUGCACCACCUGAUGAGGGUUCCACACUCUUCUAUGAUGAAUAUUACGACGAUGAUGAGCAGUUAGACGAGGACAGUGAUGAGGAAGAGGACUGUUGUUAUGAUGACGACGACUCUGGCACCGAGGACUCAUGACAUCACUGAACAGAACUGAACUUCAUUCCCUCUCCCUUGCUUUUAACCCUGUGUAAAAUGUAGACUCUUAGUUGAUUUGUUUUGCUUUUCGUCCUAUACUUUUAUUUUGUUUUUCCUCUUUUGGUUUUGAGAGGUUUUUGCGUAAGAACUAUGACUCCGCAUUCACCGUAGAGGACUAGUUUGUAUUUUUGUUGACGCAUGAUUCCGUGAUUGGGAGCGGAGUAGGAGUGGCUGAUUUUGUGCUAAAAGGUCACUCAUCCAGCUGAGCCGUUCUUGGCAUUUACAAUAGGCUUUCUUAUUCUUUUCCUCUUUCAGUUCAUACCCAACUUGGUUAAGAUUUUUAUUAUUUUUCUUUUUCUUUAACCAGUGAAAGCUGCUCACCACAGGUAUAAAUAGGAUUCAGUACAAAACAGCUUGGUCUUGUGUGUAUGUGUGUGUGUGUAUUCAAGUUUGACGAUUCAUUAACAGUCUCAGUGGUGCUGCUACAGACAUGUAGAUAAUAUACAGUACUUCAGACUCAGGGCUAUUUCUCUUUCUAAUGACAUUAGUAAUUAUUUCAGCCAGCCAGUGAAUUUGAUCUUGGUGUUUAGACUGAAUGUGCACGUGUGUGUAUUACAGUACAGUGCAAAUAUCAAAGGCCACCCUUCAUUUAUUACAUUUCUAGUCGAAAGAGCCAUUAAAUACAAAAAUUUUUUACUGUCAUGGGAAAAAAGCAGAGGACACCCAUUUUACUGAAAAUUCCACAGAAGCUUCAACAACUAAGUAUAAUGUGUACAUUUUCAGUAUUUGGUGUGUAUAAUCUUUGGCUUUAUUACAGCUUUUUUUUUUUUUUUUCCCCAGGCUUGCUUUUCAGAUUUUCAAAGAUAUCUCCUCAAAAAUAUCGCCUGAAAAAUUAAUGACUUGUACGUAAUUUACAUUUAAAUUGGCGGUUAAGUAACUGAAGGAAGUUUCUCUGACAUUUGAAAAGGACUGUGUGUGUGAAUGUGUGCAAGUGAAUGUACUCUAAAUCCCAAGAGUGAGCUUUUUCAAGCAAAAAAACUUGUACACAGAUAAACAAGAUAAACACAUGCCCUGUUGUUUCAGCGUCUCAGUACUUUCUGAGGUUGCUAGGUUAAGGAAAUUGAUUGCCCUGAUUUAUUUAGGUUACCAGCACCUUACUUUGAGCGACCCCAAAUGAUCUGCAAACAAUCUUGGUUUUAAUAUGUUCAAAUAGUCCUACUCCUCCCAUAGUACCACCACAUUUGUCUACAAGCAAUUACCAUUUUGAGCUUACUUUUGAGGUUGUGCUUGAUGGCCAAGUUUAAACUUUAAACUUUUGGUCUUGGUGAAGCUAAAGGAGUCCUCUGGUGUACUCCCUUGUAAAAACUAUUAUUUUUCCUUUGGAUUGCAGCAGGAGCCAUUAUUUGGAAGCUAAAACCCUCUUCUGGAAAACCAACAAAGCCACAAUGAUCAGACAUCAGGCUUCAAUGCUGUUUACAAACCUCAACAUUAUAAUGCUGUUGUCCAAAGAAAACAUUAAAAGCGUUUUCCCCCAUAGUGUUAUUCCUAAUCUUAGUUUUGCUGUGUGGUUACAGCAAAUUGUGCUGUCGCUAUUGUCCUGGCGGGAUGAGGGCUAGCAUGAGCUGUAAAGCCAGUCUCCGCAUCUGUUCAAUCAGCCACGUACUUUGUGUCUCAAGACCUCAAGGCUAUCAUGGCUAGACCAAAAUAUGCAAAAAAGUUUUCAUUUUUCUGAAAAGAUGCUGUUUUUGAGACACAAGAGUGACUUAAUUCAUAUACGUAGUAUGCAUUACUGAUCUCAUCUAUUCCUUUUGUAUUUUUUUUUUCUUUUUUUCAUCUGGUUUGUAAAUCUAUUUAAAACCUGAAUAAAGAUCUUUAUCACA